CACUCUCACAGAGCUGCGUGAGCGCAGUGGAGAGAAGGACACACAUUCCACAGCGCUCGUGUAACAAAAAAAAAAGAAAAAAGACACAGCCUGCUGGACAGAGGGAGACAUCAGACCCACGCACACUCACACAGACACUCAUAUAAUUAGGGACACACGUGUGAGCGCGCAGCGUCUCCUGCCACCGAGAGUCCACAUCCAGGAUUCGGGAGGAUUUUUGCGCACGCCGUGUCAUUUGUUUUGAAAGUAAAGCAGCCAUGCACUCAGCCGGCGACAACUAAUUCACCAAAAUGACUCACCGAGGGAACGGAAGACUGCGUUCGUGGGUUGCUGUGGCGGAACAGCGUCCGUUAAGCUGCGUGAUUCUCACCCACAGAGGGUCACCUUCUGGAACCAUGUCUUGUGGCGACGUGCGUGGCGCGCCAGCGUGCGUGUGAGUGACUGACUGACCGAUAGUCUUUUGCGAGAGGAAGAGAGGCUGGAUAAACACAGCAGACCGGAUUUCAGGCAGCGACAGCCACACACUGAGAGAAGCCGCCUCUCGUCUCUCCCAGCCCCGCAGACACAUGCAGGAUGUGCGGGGAGCGCCGGCGAGUCCUGGUCCAGCUCAACCCGGGUUCAUGACGCGCUGGGCGGCCUCGUCAUGCGUCUCCUGCCCGAGCCCAGCGCUCAAUCCCUCCGGCUCCUCUUCCUCUUUAUCUUUGUGAUGGGGGUGGCCCCGUCGCCGGUUCUCACAGCCGGCUGUCCAGACAGAUGCGUGUGCGACGACCAGCUGGUAGUCCAGUGCGCCGGGCAGGAGCUCACCCAGUUCCCCAAUGACCUGCCGCUGGCCACCCGGCAGCUCAUCAUCUCCAACAACCGCAUCGGGGACCUGCCGGCGCUGCAGCUCAACUACCUGUCCGACCUGGUGUAUCUGGACUGCAGCAACAACUCUCUGAGCGAGAUCUCCGAGUCCACCUUCGGGAACUUGCGCAAACUCGCCUACCUGGACUUGUCUUUUAACAUCCUGCUGCAGAUCGAGGACCGGACGUUCGGCCCGCUGGCGUCUCUGGUGAUGCUCCGGCUGACGGAUAACCCGAGUCUGGCUGAGAUCCACUCGGACGCCUUCUCGGAGAACAUGGCUCUGCAGGUGCUGGAUGUGAGCCGGAACAACCUGACCACCCUGAACAUCAGCAGCCUCAUCGCUUUGCCUGCUCUGCGCUCUCUCGGGCUCAGCGGUAACCCGUGGAGGUGCGACUGUGACACGGAGGACCUGUGUCUGUGGGUGCAGAUCGAGGGCUUCAAAUUCCAGGAUGAAGGCCAGACGGUCUGCCACAGUCCCCCAGAGCUGGCAGGCCAGCGGUUGGCGGAGGUUGGCAUGCAGCUGCGGGCAGACUGCCACCAAGGCCUGGGCUACUGGGACUACCUCUUCUUCAUCGCCAUUGGCUUCGUCAUCUUCUCAGCUGGCACGGUGUCAGCGUGGGUGAUGGGAGUGCUCAUGGUGCUCUACGAGCGCUACAGCAAGCGGAAGGGCGAGCAGCUGGACAGCGAUGAUGAGGACGAGAGGGGUGGGAUGGGCGGAGGAGGAGGAGGAGGUUGCAGCGGCGGGAACCAGGGGAAUGGGGAUCUGAGUAAGCCUGGCAUGCAGGUGUGACACACUGAUGUGAACAGGACGAGAGAAACGAGGGAGAGGAGGAACCGGAAGUGACAAGACUCUGAGACCAAAGGCAAUGAACCAAGAUCUGACUGUCUCUCUUUGUUAUUGAUAUAGAUGUGGCAAUACGCUCUUCUUCAUAUUGGGGCUGAAAGUCAGUGUGUGAUGGUGUGUGUGCGUGUGUGUGUGUGUGUGUGUGCAUGAGAGCGAGAGAGCGAAGCAGAGAAAGAAGUGGAGACACACAGAGACCGCAAUAAUGACUAUGACUAUGCCUGAAUUUCAGGAAUACAGACUGACCUCUGAGAUUAUUGAGAGCAAUAACCCCCCCACACACACACAGCUACACACACCUAACCCACUCACACACACACUGUCCGUCUCAGCAAAGAUAUUCUACAGAGCUGGAUUCCCUGAGUGGGAGGAUGAACCUGCACACAUCAUGAAGUGCUCCUGAGUAUCACCAUAAAUGAUGAUUAUAAAAAAACACACACACACACACACACACACACAAAUACAAAAACGCACACAUGAGACAUUAGGGGUCACAAAGAGAGUGAUGCCUUCGCUCAACGUAGUAAAUACUGGUAUAAAAACAAGUUAUUUUGUGAAGUACUGCACAUUUAGGAUCAUUGCAGUUUGAACAUUGACAGAAGAUAUUGUAAGAAUGAGUGAAGUAUAACCUCACAAGAGUUAUGGUUAUAGAAUAACAGUUUAGAGACUUGGUUCCAUGUGAGCUGCUAAAAUGUGGAGUUUCUGAAUACAAGCUUUAGUGAGUACAUCCGCUUUUGUUGUUUGUGUCCUGGUACACAUGCAAAUAACACAGUGACAGUUUUACAUGUUAAGACUGACUGACUGUCAUUUAUUUUAUAUACACAACACUUCAGCUUUAUCCAUUUAUGUGCUUGAAUGUAAACCUAAUUGUGUUUAUUUAUAAGAAAACUACACAGGACAAAGACCAACAUCCCCCUCAAACUUUUUUAACAACUUCCGUCCUCCAUGUGACGUCAGUGUGGAGUUUAUGCUUCAUCCACACUAGUAAAAUUUGGUUUGAAUUCCCUAUAAGUAAUCUGCUUCCAUACCAAAAAUGGUGAAAAUCCAGGUCAGGGUUUCCGUUUAUUAGACAAAUGGCCAAAUAACUCUAAAGUGAGUGUUAAUUUAACACAUUUAAGGCAUGUAUAGUUCAGCGUUUUCCAACUAUAGAGGCUCUGGACUAGUGUGUAGCACAAAUAUUAACCAAAUCAUGCGCAAAGGAAAAUACAAAUGAAUGCAAAUCUCUGUUCACUACUCUUACAUGCAACGGUUAGGAGCUGCGGUCACAGGCUUCAUGUAAAUCCUGAUUUACCUGCUGUCACAGGUUUGUGUUUAUCCACAAAUUUAACGUGCAGAUUGGGGUUAGGUUGAUGAGAGAUUGUAAAAUGACCAUAGGGGUGAUAGAUUGAUCUAUGGUUGGGUGUGUACCUUGUUUUUCAGCAGUGAUUAGCUCCAGCUCCCUCCCAUGACCCUGCAAGGAUAAGCUGGAUGAUGGAUGGAUAAUGUGGUCAGAGGGGGAAAUAGACUGGAAACUUUCACCCAGAAACAACUGCAUUUCAGUGUGGUGUGGUCUUCUGCUGCUGAAGCUCAUAUCUGCAUGUUUCUCACCCCCCACACCAGACGCAGUUGUAGAAGUAGGGUCCGCUCACGGUGGCUGCAAAGUAGGACAUGUAGUGUCAGAGUCACACAACUAACGACAAUGUUACGUCGUGUGACUGGAAGCCUCGCUUGGUUGCCCUCGCGAUAAAGUUGUGCAUACACAGUCUGAAGCCCGGGGCUGUCAGAGUGGAAGUAAGCCUCUGGAGUCGUAUGGAGUAGUGUGUUGUGUUCAUGUUUGCAUGAUUCUCUCUGUGUGUGUGUGUGUGUGUGUGUGUGUGUGUGUUUAAUGGGGCCACAGCACGGACGAGUGAUUCACGAGCUCAGACGGAUCCAAACCGUUCCUCCUUUAUCGUGAGUCGCUUCUCUCCCGUCCGUCACAGGAACGGACAGGUGUGUAGUGGAGGUGAUAAACGACAAACUCCACACAGAGACGGGGCGGAGAAAGAGUUGGGUCACAAUCAGAGGCAGGAAUUUAUCGUGACUGACACACACAGCAGCUUUAUUGAAAGAGUGAUUGAUAGCUGGGCCUUUAUUCAUUUGCCCCUGAUGAAUGAUAACUCUCCAGAGGGAAUGGCAGGAAGUGUGUGCCAGCGGAUGUGAGAAUGUGUGCACAUUUAAAGUGGAAACGAAGCACAGAACAAUAUGACUUUUUUUGGCAAGAUUCAGCACAACAAUCAAACUUUGUAUUAAAUUAUACUUGCUCAAACAAAAGGGUCAUAUUUUACACUUUUCAAUUUAGCAGUAGGGCACAGCUCUGUCCAUUUGUUUGGUAGCAGUUGCUGUUGUACGUUUGACAAAUGGAUGUUUCUGAGGAAAGAAAGGGAGACACUGAGAGACAAACCUGAGGAGAGUCCCUUUUUUUAAUUGUUUGAAUGAGUUUUUCCACAAUAAAGAGGGUGCUGAACUCUUUUAUUGUCGUAUCUCGUCUAUGAGGACACAGCAGCUGAAAGCUACUGUAGCUACAAACAGUAGUCAGAUGUCAUGACAUCAGUCUUUGGCAAGUGCUGGCGAUUAGUGUGGCCAUACGUCCAGAUUUAGGCAUCUGGCGUAGCCUCCAGUCGGACACUCAGUUGCCCUUCUUUUUGGAGUUGCACUGGAACGCAGCAUCACCUCCAAUGCCCUAAGAUCUAUGGUCUAAGAAAUAAUUGGCCAAAAGUGGUGUUGAUCAAAUAUUACGUCUGAUAUAUCAUUGGUUAAAAACAUAAACAAGGCUUCCAUGUGCUGAAAAGGUGGUGGUGGUGCUGCUGCUGCUGCUGUUUGCUGGCUGCAGCUAAUGUGACAGAAAUUAAACUUAAAAACGUCUUUUAAUUCUGAACGGUAAAAAGACUCCAAGUUUGUGUCAAUUUCAUGAAUUGAAUCAUGAAUCAUGAAUUAAAUAGUCUUGCAAUGAAUAGAGUAUCUCAGAAUCACUGUAUCACCAUAGCAAUGGUGUCAUAGACAAAAUUGUAUUGUUGUGUAGUCGUGUGUCCUCCAUUUUGGUGCUCAGGAAAUGACCACAGUACUGGCUGUAGUAGCUGGUAACACCGAAUGCCGAUGCCGUGGAAUUAGCUGCUACCAAAUAAUGAUAGGGUUAGGGUUAGAGAGGAGGUGCUGAUGUCAAAUGUGGCUACAGCUACAAUAGCAGUCUCCUUUUCCCUCCUCAAAAAAAAUUAAUUAAUCAAGCGAUUUCUACCAAAAAGAUGGCUGAACCCUACUGGCAAAAAACUGAAAUGUGACAUAAAAAAAAAAAGAAUAUCUACGUCUUUUAGGGCCAAACCGAAAUGAAAAAAAUAUUUGUAAUAUUACGAGAAUAAAUUUGUGAUAUUACAAUAAUAAACUCAUAAUAUUAAAAAAAGUCGUAAUAUUGCAAGAAUAAAGCCAUUAUUAAUCAAGCAAAGAUGAUCGGCUGCAACCUGCGACAAGAUGAGAAACGCGGAGCAAUUACAAUAAUAUUGUAAUAUUACGACUUUAUUCUCAUAAUAUCACGACUUUAUUCUCAAACGAGUCAUUUUUAUUUCUUUGUUGUUUGGCCUUAAUACUCAAUAAUAAUAAAUCUUAAUAAGAAUUUGCCCUAAAAUGAAAAUAAAUCACAUUCUCACUGCUUCACCUCUACUAUGUGAUCAUUUAGAGUUGGUCAAAUCCCACACUCACACACAGAGGCUCACUAACAUACACAGUAAAACUCAAGGGCACAGUUAAAGUCGAAGCGCUGAACAUUAACACCCCUGUUUUGGUCUCUCACCACGCAUCACUACACACUCCUUAUCCUCGCCCCAUCCUCGUCUGACAUUGUCAUCAGCAUUCACACAAUGCUAACACACACACACACCUGGCCCUAUUAAUUAUGUGCUGAAUCUUUAGGCUGUCAUUAUCAGAUCACUUGUUCAAAGCGCUCAGAGGCGUGCGGAACCUUCUUAUGUUACAUCACGUUCAUGAAAAUGACCUACAGGGGUCACACUAACCCACAGGAGCGUGACCUCACAGCCACAGACCUGAACGUGUCCUCUAAACACAAAGCUUCCUGUUCAGCUAAAUGUCAGUUUUAUGCAGGAGACACAUUUAGAGAUGAUUGGCAGACAGAAAACAUCAGUAUUUAACCAGCGUGUGUGUGUGUGUGUGUGUGUGUGUGUUAUUAGGGGGUCUAUCCUGGCCUGGUGUUAACUCGUCACAGGACAGAACACAGGACAGAGUAAAAAUACCACUGUGUGUGUGUGUGUGUGUGUGUGUGCACAUGUAGGCCGUGUCGCAGCACAGGUUGUUAUCAGCUGUUUCCGAGAGAUCUGGUCACGGCUAUUUACAUUAGUGUCACGUCUGACGGUGAAAUUGGAUUUCCCCGAGGAUGUGGUGUGAAGAAUCAGCGUGAACCUCGGUGUAGACGAGUCGCUGCAGCUGUUGUGAGGAAAGUGUGACAAAGUUUGGGAAAAUCGGCAUGUUGUUGUUCAGAUAAUCACCGUAGGGGACGACUGUGAUUCUGACAUCACGGUUACAGUCAGGUCGUUGUACCUGACUCUUCAUCUAAAUAACACUCCAUAAUGAUGAAAAAUGGUUGACUUUAAAGGGGAAUUCCGGUAUUUUUCGACCUGCACCCUAUGUUUAUAAAUGUGGGUGUAGUGUCCCACCACAGUCGUGUAACCAAACCUAUGCCCUUGCUUACAAUAACAAUCCCAGCCAACAAGCACUUUUCAUGCCCCGUAAGAUUACACUGCAGCCAUCGCGAUCAACUAAACUUUUGAAAAGUACUAUUCAUGAAGACACACACAUUUAUAAACAUAGGGCCCAGGUCGAAAAAUACCGGAUUUCCCCUUUAAUACAAUAAUUGCUAAAAUACAUAUAAUACGUUUUUUUUUUAUUAUUAUUCUUUAUCCUGAACUCCUCACCAGAUUUAACUUGGAUAGACACACUUCUUAUUCUUAGACAUUUAAGACUUUUUUUUAUUAUUAUUUUUUUUUAAGACUUUCUAAUUUAUUCAUUUAUUUAUUUAUUUCCACUUUUGAUCCUUGAGCAAAAACAUGCUUGCUGACAUGAUGAUGAUGAUGAUGAUGUGUCCCAUUCUUGAAGGUGCUCCCUCAUUUGUAGGGUUUGAUUUUGUGACUGUA